AAUUUAUGGGUGGGUUGAAUAGUUAUACAAAUACAAUAUCAUUUAAAUAAAGAAGGCACAAUGUCUUCAAUGCAAAAAACAGAAGAUACAUUAGAAAAAGUUACAAAAUCAUUAAAAUUAUGGAAAAAAUUAAUAUCAGAUGUAUGUGAAAAUGAUGAAACCAAGCAAAACCAAUUAAACAUUUUAGAAACUCAUGUUAAACUAUAUAGUGAAUUGGAACAUAAUUUUAAUACAACUGAUAAGGCUUUUCAGAACUUGGAUGAGAAAUUAAAUUCACCUGAAAAAAUAGAAGAUAUAGAAAGUUUGUAUCAGGAUUGUAUAGAUAAUGUUACAACAGGAUCAUCAAUAAACCACCAAAAUAGUCGUGUUUGGCAGACAAUAUUUAAAGGUCACUCUGACGUCAAAGAAGUUCAAAAGAGGAGCAAAAAACUUGAUGAUGCACAAUAUGACACUAUUGAUGAAUCUCUUCUCUGUUCCAAUGUUUUUGUUCCACCUGUGGAUCCUAUUAGUAAAACGAAAGUAAAAAAUCCAUUUAAAAGUAAGAAAUGUGGCCACAUAUAUGAAUUUGAUUCUAUAGCUAGUUACAUUAGAUCCCAAGGGAAGAAAGCAAAAUGUCCGCAUAUAGGAUGCAGUAGUGAACAAUUGCGAAUGACAGACUUAGUAAAAGAUAAUGAAUUACAGAGCCAAAUUUCACAAUAUGAAGAAUCACAUGUUAGUGAAGAAGAAGAAGAAGAAGAGGAUGAUGACUAUUAGUAAAUUAAUGAUGUUAAUAUUAUGUGUUAAUUUUAUAUUUUUUAUAUAAGUAAAUACAUUUUUUCAAGCU